AUGGCUUAUGUGGUUCGCGAAACUGAUGUUCAGAACGCUUUACAGACGAACGUUUUAUUUAAUCUGAACGUUGUCUUGAGAAACGACGGUAUUGUGUUCAGGUCACCUUCCGGUUCAGACAUGGACGGUCCGGGUUUAUCAGACUUUGUUGCAAAAAGAGAAAGUACUACCAUUCUUGUAAUCGAAGUCAAGAAAAAAAGUGGUUUGCCUAUUUAUAUUGGUAGGGAUUCAUCUGUGGAAUUUUUUCAGAAUCAUUCGAGAGGGAAAUGUGUCAUCUCACAAGCAUUUAGCUAUAUGGUCGAGAAUAAUCUUUUAUAUGGAAUAAUUACAACAUACGAUCACAAUUGGUUUCUUCAGAGAGAAGGAGAUAAUCACGAUCAAAUAUUGAUUUCAGAGGCUCUAUCUUUUAACAAUAAUAAUCCGACGGUGUUAAAAGCAUAUGCUUAUCUAGCCCUACGGGCGAAACAAAAUCAUUGUCUUCCGAAUCCUAACCUUAUAUCUAUACCAAACACUAUACCUCAGUCCGGAUACCUCACUCGUUCAGCUAAUAGAAGUCAAAACCAACAACCUCUAGGGGAGUCACAAUCAUAUUCUUUAAUGACACAACAAUCAUCAUCGGGCCAAUUUCAAAAUUUUCAACAAAGCGAUUUUAGCAAUAAGACUUAUCUAGGUUAUGGAAGAUGUGGGAAAACGUUCCGAUGUGAUUUUCAGGGUUAUGAUCUAGCCUUAAAAGUUACUGAUUUAUCGAAGAAAAAAGGUCUUCUACCUGAAUUGAUGCAGGAGCUGGAGGUCUAUUGCAUUCUCAAGGACAUCCAGGGAAUAUGUAUACCAAAAUUGGUAUGCUACGGUUAUCUAUUGAAUACACCAUACUUUGCUAUAGGAACGACUUUUGUUGGUAAAUCGUUGGAGAAAUUCAAGACUAUUACCAGAAUGCAAGAGCAGAAGGCUUAUAAAGCAUUGGAUGAAAUCCAUAAACGCGGUGUGCUUCAUAACGAUAUCAGAAAAGAAAAUAUCAUUCUUUGUGAUGAUGGGAAGAGAAUAUUCCUUAUUGAUUUUGGAAUGGCAACUUUCAGUACUGAUAGAGAAAAACAACUUGAAGAAAAAAUUGAGAUGAAAUACUGUUUAAGUGAUAUGAUAGAUGAUCUUAUACUUGAGUAG